AUGGAAUCUAUGUUAGAUAUUAAGGACUGGUUACUGAACAAGUAUAAAGCUAACUCUGCAACGUCAAAGAAAACCCCCAGCAACGUCACUGGUGCCCUAACGCCCAACACAAUCCCGGAAUUUGUAAUUCCAGGAUCCAGUGAAGUAUCAAGAAGAGGAAAUCAUGAUGUGGAUAACUCCGAUAGUGAAUAUCCCUCUUCUGUAUCCCGGAGGAGCAGCAUAUGCUCCACUAAAACAAGCCCUGGAGUCUCUCCUAGUUGUUCAGCGGUCAACUUAGAGACAAGAUGUGCCUCGUCAGCUCCUGGUUCUCCCAGACAUGAAAUAAAAGACCUUGUUACAAAUCACAAAACUUCCAAGUCCAUGAACUGCAUUAGGGAUACCAAUUCCGAUCCAUUGUCUGCGGCGGCCAUGUCACUUCCCCAUUUCCGCUCGAAAACAUCCUUUGGUUUCAGCACUUUAUCGCAAAAUCCACACACUAGGAGAAAGGAAUCUCUGUUUCAUAUUCAAGGAAGUAAUCUGUCUUGUCGUGAUCAAGGAAAUGUUCUAUUUUGUCGGGAUUCCCAGUGUCUUAAGUCUCUAGAGGCUCUCUCGACCAGAAUUCACCCAGACUUAAUGGACGAUAUCAUGAGAUUUUCGGAUACAGAUAUUUCUAUAAAAAAGCAUAUGCCUUCGGUCAUUGUCACUCCCUCCACUUCUCAGAUUGGUGCCCCAAUGAUGUUAUCUCCAGAUCGCCAGACAAACCACUCCCUGGCAACGUCGCGUUUCUUUGUCAAGAAUGAAAAUGUGACACAUAAAAACUUAAAACCGAAUAAUCUGUACUACAGACGGCGGUCCUCUUUGCUAGGCAUGGAUGCAGACGAAUCAUUAACUGUCUCUCAGGAUUCCUCUGUUACCAACAGUCCACCAGUACAGCGUUUAAAAGCUGCUAUUACAAGACAACGAAAUGGACAAAAUGGAAAAGAUGUGGUUGCUCUGAAACGGCACUCCUCUCCACAAUUACAAGAGUCAAAACUCGUUGAAACUUGCGAGCCCCACAGAUCCGUGUCGUGUUCAGUAAUAGACAGUUCUCCUUCUCAAAACAUUACUGAACACGGAGAACUGAAAUUUGCCUUCCAGUACUUAGCCACAACUAAACAACUAAAAUUGACGCUAAUUAAAGCAGAAAAUAUUGGUGGUUCUGAUAAAAAAGGUUCACAUUUAAAUCCAUACGCCAAAGUUUAUCUAAUGCCAGGAAAACUUCAAAAACAAACAUCUGAGUUGUUCAAAAAUACACAGGAACCUAUUUUUAAUCAAAGUUUCUUUUUCCAAGGACUGUCUUUAAAACAGUUACAUGCCAUGACACUGAGAAUAAAUAUUUUCCAUAAAUCUUACAAUCUUCGUCCACCUGAGCUGAUAGGGAGAACAGACCUGGAGCUGGAUAACUAUGACCUCCUGACAGAAAACCGGAUGUGGCGAGAACUGGAUGGUGUCGACGAAAACGAGGACCUCGGCUCCCUUGAAGUCAGUAUGCGGGUUGAGCCUGGAGAUAGUUGUCUUGUAAUAUCAGUACUUAGAGGGAUAGGACUGCCAGAACACCAAAUCAAAGGUCCACCAGAUCCUUACGUCAAAGUAGAAAUCAGUCAGCCAGGAAAAUCGAUUACAAAAAGAGUCACCAAAACGAAAAAGAGCACAACAGACCCAGUGUUCAACGAAAGCUACAGUUUCCCGGUCUCUUUUAAAAUGGACGACAUCAGCUCCACAUUCGCAACGCUUACAGUUUACAACCACGAACGAAUCAAGGCCGAUGAAAUAAUCGGACAAGUCCGGCUUGGCGACGUGGCCAUGCAACGCUCCGAAGUCAACCAUUGGCGAGAUAUGAUACAGAGUCCUGGACAGGAGAUUUCUAAAGUUCAUAAUCUGAUUGAUGUGGAUGACGAUCAUAAACUCAAAUUAUAAACGGAUGUGUAAAUCCUCGCGAUACUCACAUACUCUGCUCUCAGUGCUUAUCAGUAGCAGAGGACCUUUGAUGAUUUCCUAAAUUUAUAUCGAUUUAUUUUCACAAAAAUUUGCGAAGUUAACAAUGGUUCGAUGAAUUUAUAUACAUUCAUUUAUUUACUAUUUGUAGAGGCUCUGGUUCAAUGAAUAUAAAUAUGUAUCCAUUUAUUUACUAUAUGCAGACUCAUGCAUUAUGAAUUAUAUGGCAGUCCUAGCCUUCCCCCUCUCUAAUCAACAAUGAAUUUGUCCAUAUAUACCUAGCUAGUGAUGCUCGUUUGAAUACAUGUAUGUCUUUUCCUGUCAUUUUGUAAAACAAAGGUAUCUUCUAUUUAUAAAGUGUUCACACGCUUUGUUUUAAAGAACAAGUUACAGUAUUGACGGUAUAUGGCUGCUAAAUUUACGGGAUUUUCAUCAUGUUUUUUGUUCAUGAACUAUAUAAAUUGAGACCAUUUUUAACUGAUUUAUAAUGUAUUUUGUUUUUUCUUUUCUGAAAUUGGAACCUUUUA